AUGAAAGUUUGUCGCAGCAAGUUGUCUAGUGACAGGAAGGACCGGCAUGCCAAGCAGCUGCUAGAGUUGCACGCCGAUGCAGCCGGACUUUCUUCUGGCUGCAAGUACGAGGUCGUCCAAAAGGGAAACUCGACUUCUUCGCGGCAUACCCAGCCUUAUGCCAACCAAAGUCCAGAAUGGCGACAAAGUACAUCUCAUCUGGGCUGCAUCAUCUCCCCAGCAAGGGCUUGGAUCUUGGAGGAGGCUCAGAGCAUUCCCUCAUUCCUCGGUGCCCGCAUGAGUAAGCUGGCCAUGCGAAGACACUCUGACCGAAGGUUGCUGCUCGUUGGUACGGCGGUGGCGGCCUGUGCCUUCUGGCGCUCCUGCGGAGCGGCGAGCUUCUCUCUGCCAGGCGAGGCUCCUCGUCGAGCUCUGUUGAUGGCCGUACCGAUCCUGGGCGCUCCCGGAGUGGCGUCUGCCCUUCCGGCAGGAAUUACAGACACCGUCGAAUACAUGAACAGGCGCAAGAGGGAAUUGAUUCCGUACAUGAAGCAGGGUAUCGACUACUUGGAAGGGCACGACAUUGACGAGAGGAUGAUGAAGUUUCUUCCGAAGAUGUGCAAAAAGAUGGAAGCCUAUGCGGGUCUUCAGUCGAGAGACGAAGCUCCUGACAAGACCGUGUACAAACUGAACGCUGAUGUAAGGGCCUUUGAGAAGGCAGUGAAGAACAAUGACAAGCCUGCUGCACUGGAGGCGUUUCAGAAGUACCAGAACGACAUGCCACAAGGAAUGGCUCGCUUCGACAUCCACAACCCGAUCACCUACGAGGGACCCUCCCCGGAGACGGGUGCACGAAAGACCAUGUAG